AUGAGUUCUCCUCCUAUUUCAAGUAGUGCUGGCGGCUCUCGUCGAGCACGUUAUUCGCGUUCACCAUCAGGCAGUGGUGCACCACCUUCAAAACGCUCGAAACCAUCAAGUUCAGGCGAUGUUAGUAGUAAUAACAAUGAUCAACAAAGACUUUACACAUCGAUUUGUGUCAAAAAUAUCAAUCCGAAAAUACCUGAUCUCGAAGUGCGAGAAUUGUGCGCAAAAAAAUUUACAAAAUAUGGUACCAAUUUGGUGAAAAUCUACUAUCGUAAUCAAGAACGUGUUGCUUUUGUUAAUUUUACAAAUUGUGAAGAUGCAAGACGAGCACGUCAUGCAAAAACAGGACUCGUUUGGGAAAAUAUGCAAGUUCUUCUAGAACCAGUUUAUUAUCGUCGAACAGUUCCAGCUGAGCAACCGAUCAAUGCUUCGAGUCCACGUGGCCGUUCUCCACGAUCACCUCGUUCUCCACCUUCGCCAAAACGUCGGCAACGUCGCCCAUCAUCAAGUCCACCACCAGUCAGUUCACGAAGCCGACCUUAUCGUACAUCUUCACCACCUCGUGGUCGUCGACAUUAUUCACCGUAUAUACCGAUACCACCCGAUUUGGCUGAUUACGCUGCUUCAAAAUCUAGUCGAGAAACACAUGCUCCGCCAUCGCCACCACGUCAACGGCGUCGCAGUCGAAGUCGUUCGCAGUCGGCAUCACCAGACGCACAAAAAAGUCGCCCAAAACAUGAUGAUCCUACUGCUAGCCGAACUGAAUCGAAUGUUCAACAUGAACCAACACGUACUCUAUUUGUUGGAAAUCUCGAACGCGACGUUAGGGAAUCGAAAUUGAGAGAGGUUUUCGGUCGUUAUGGAACUAUUGAAGAAAUUGAUUUAAAAGUUCCUCAAUCAUCAUCAAAACGCGCUUAUGCUUUUAUUCAAUAUGAAAAUAUGGACAUGGCAUACGAAGCUCGUCGAGCGAUGGACGGACAUUUCAUUGGUAAAGCCGAUUGCAAAAUAGGAUACGAAAUUUCGAUUUAA